AAGCGCGAGAACUGCGCGAGAGAGAAUGCGGCGGCCCCGUCUCGCGUCUCUGGGCGAUGCCGCCUUGGUUGGAUCGAUUAUGGUGUACUGUGUUUUAUCAGCAUUUUGCAAAUUAAUUAUUCAGGCAUGACUGCGCGUUGGGGUGGUGGCCGUGUGUCCGUGUUUGUAUUAGGUGCUGAGUGGCAGUGUUUUUGAUUGGGAGCCAAAGCAGGACGUCUGCUGAAGAAAGGCCAAGACCGAGACCGAAAGCGCUUAAACAGUCUAUUUCUUGGAAUCCUGCUAGAUUCGAGUUGCCAUAACGUGGCCUCGUUUUGUUUUAUUAUUCUUGAGCUACCUUUUCUAUUUCAAAAUGUCAUCUCCAUCUGUUUCAAAUUUUGGGUCAAAGUUUAAAAAGAAGCAUAUGCGCCCUAAGCACCAAAAAGUGAAACUAUUCAGAGCAAAUGAACCCCUACUAUCAGUUCUUAUGUGGGGUGUCAAUCACACUAUCAAUCAGCUCACCCACAUCAACAUCCCAGUCAUGCUGAUGCCAGAUGACUUCAAGUCAUUCUCCAAAAUCAGAGUGGACAACUACCUAUUCAACAAGGAGAACAUGCCGAGUCACUUCAAGGUGAAGGAGUACUGCCCGCUGGUGUUCCGCAACCUGCGGGAGCGGUUCAGCGUGCACGACCACGACUACAUGCAGUCGCUGACCAGGGCUGAGGCCACGCCCAUGGACUCGCCGGGCAAGUCGGGCGCCAAGUUCUACCAGUCAUACGACAAGCUGUACAUCAUCAAGGCGCUGACCAGCGAAGAGGUGGAGCUGAUGCACUCCUUCCUCAAGGAGUACCACCCGUACAUCGUGGAGCGGCACGGCAAGACGCUGCUGCCGCAGUACCUGGGCAUGUACCGGUUCACGGUCGAUGGCCUGGAGCACUACCUGGUCGUCAUGCGCAACGUCUUCAGCAACCACCUGCCGCUGCACAAGAAGUAUGACCUGAAGGGCUCCACGGUGGAUCGAGACGCCACCUCCAAGGAGCUGCGCAAGGAGCUGCCCACGCUCAAGGACAACGACUUCGUCAAGGACGGCAUGCAUGUGGAGAUCGGCGGCCUGGCCAAGGAGAAGCUGAUGGACACGCUGUCGGCAGACGUGGCGUUUUUGUCCCGACUGCAGCUGAUGGACUACUCGCUGCUGCUCGGCGUGCAUGACGUGGAGCGCCACGAGCGCGAGCGUCAGGAGGCGGCGCGCCAGCCGGCCGACGAGGAGCCGCCGCCGCUGGAGGAGGAGGACGACUCGUGCGGCUCGGGGUGCGCGGCCGGCGGCGGCGGCGGCUCCGGCGGGCCGGCCAGCGUGCCCACGCCGCCCGACUCGCCGCAGAUUCCUGACCGGCACCGGCUCAGCUCGGACGACUGCAUCGACCCGCACAAGGACAUCUACGCCAUCCCCAGCAGCGACGGCGACGGCACGCCCAAGUAUAUCUACUUCCUGGCCAUCAUCGACGUGCUGACCCACUACGGCAUGAAGAAGCAGGCGGCCAAGGCGGCCAAAACGGUCAAGUACGGCAGCGGCGUGGACGGCAUCUCCACCGUGGGCCCCGAGGUGUACGGCCGCCGCUUCCUCGAGUUCAUGCAGCAGGCCAUCGCGUAGGUGCGGCCGCCGAGCGCGCCGCCGAUCUCAGAGGGAGGGCACGGGCCGUCCCGGGCCGCCGCAGCAGCGGGCGCCGCGGGCUGUGCCGCGCCGGGGCCGCAGCAGCGGGCGCCGCGGGCCCUCCCGGGCCGGAGCAGCGGGUGCCGCGGGCCCUCCCGGACCGGAGCAGCAGGCGCCGCCCGGGCCGGCAGAAGGUGAGCCGCGCCGGGUCCCAGAGCGGUCCCCAGCGACCACUGCUGGUCCCUGCUGGUCCCCAGCGACCACUGCUGGUCCCUGCUGGUCCCUGCCGGUCCCGUCUGUUCGCCGACAGGCCCGGGCCGACGCCAGUGCUGCCGGGCCGGCGCUCCGAGCCCGGCCCAGACUUGUGAUAGGGGCGAGGGGUGGCGGCGCGGCGGCCGGGGGCGCCACCAUUCCGUCGACGGUGGGCCGCCAGACGGCGCCGUCACCGGCCGCGCCGCGCCGCGCAGACGCCCGCGUGCUUUAGUGAUGUGUGCGCCCCGCGGCCGGGUGCUGGACUGGAGAGGGGAGGGCCGCUGUGUGGGACGGGGAGGGGCGGGAGACCGGGCGAAGACUCGGCAGUCAGUGUAGGGAGGCGGGGUGUCGCGACUGGGUUACUCAGCGACUCAGAGGGGGCGGCAGGUGGACUCAGUUUCCGGGCCAGUCAGCGGCCGGUCAGUCCGGAGUUGUCCAGCCGAUCGUGCUAGCACCGCCGCUGCGAACCCAGGACUCAUCCAACGGAUCGUGCUAGCACCGCCGCUUGGCGAUCGACCCCUUGUGAACGGUGCCGGACUGGGGCCGCCGCUUGCUCAGUAGCCGGCAGUCUGUCGCACGCCUACUCUCCUAGCCCGCCUCCAGAACUGUGUGUGUAUGUGUGUGUGUAACUGUAUGUGUACCCUGCCUGCCCAGUCGAAUCUUGCCCGUGCGGCCGGUAACCUCGGCAGGUGUCGACUCUGAGGGGGCUUUCGGCGGCCGUCGGUGCCGAUAGCUGCUGACCGGUGACGAACUCGCGCCGCGGCGCCAGCCGAGCAAUGUGAAAGACAAACAUUGGAGCCCAGUUGUGACACUUGGUAGGUGCGCCUUGGGAUCAGUUGCAUCAUGUCUUGCCCUCUACUCUUCCGAGAGCUUUGAGCGCCGAUUAUUUGCUUAACGCCUAUGAAUAUGUACUUCUCUCUUGGUUGCUAUAAUUCCUCCAUUCGCGGUCGGUCGUGCUGCUCUGCCCUCCUGUGCCGUUCGUUCCCGCUGUCUCUGAUCUGGUUCCCUAGUAUACGUGACAUCUGUCGGAUACCGGGUCCGGUGGAGCGUCUGUGACCCGGACCUGGACCCGGACCCUGUCCUCCCGCUGUAGUCCAUUAUCGUAACCCCAUCGUGCGCAAUAUAUGGGUAGUGCGUCUA